GUUUUUGAGUGACACAUGCAAUAGCUGUAACCACAACCACUAGUUUGUUUACGAGUAUAUUCCGACACGUACGAGCAUUCACGUUGGAAUAUAUUUUAUUUUCUUUAAUAUGGCAGAACCGAACUCUGACAAUAUUGUUAAAAACACAGAAAAUGAAUACUCAACACCAGCCAGCGAUCCAAAAAAUAUGCAGGAAGUGACACAAUACGUACAAUCACUUCUACAAAACAUGCAAGAUAAAUUUCAAAGUAUGUCUGAUCAAAUCAUAAAUAGAAUUGAUGAAAUGGGAAGCAGAGUUGAUGAACUGGAAAAGAAUAUUACAGAUCUUAUGACACAAGCUGGUGUUGAAAAUGAAAAGUAGAAAUAGUUUUCAUCUAUCAAUUUGCGUUAGAAUAUCAUCCCAAGAUAAUCGAUGCCUGGAUCAACAAUAAAUAUAAAUAAUUUUGUAGAUAUUUGAAGCUUUUUAACUCACAGCAAGUCACGUAUAUUAGAAAAUCUAGAUAUUCACUAAACCUAAAAUUAUAAUUUCCCCAAACAAAACUACCUCAUCCAAAGAAUUUGAAAUAGGUAUAUCAAAUUGAAUCAUUUCAAUGUUUUCAUUGGUAUAUUGUAUUUAUAAGCGAAAGUCGGAAAGUCGGAAAAUUUUCAACGACCUUUAACUUUCCAACCUUCAACCAGCAACCUUCAGUUCAGUUUUAUGAUCACAGUUAUGCUGUUGCAGUGUAUACAACCAGUAUGGUGAUUUACGUAAAACUCUUGUUUUCAGUGUUGUUAAACUCCAGUAUUUAAAAUAGAUGUUGUAGUUCUUUGAAUUAGUAUAAUGCUUUAUUAUUUGUUUCCAAUCCAUUGUUUGAUAGUAAUAAAGCGAAUAUCAAAGUUAAGAAAAAAAAAAUUAGUGAAAAAUGAUAUGAAUUGAAAGCAAGUAAUUGAUUCCAUGGAAGAUAACCUUUGUGUUGAGUUUGCAUAACACAAAAUGCCUUAAAUAAAAUUGUUCCAUAGCUUGUAAGGAUAAUUUUUUGAUAAUGUUAAUGAUAGAUGGCAAUAAUGAUUUACAAACAGUGUACACAACAAAUUAAUGUGUUUAAACAUAUGUUUUAGUAUAGAAACACCAAAUUGUAUUUGUGACACAUUUUUUGUAAUUAAAUUUUAUUAUUCAUAGUUCA